UGCAGAUGCUUCAGGACAGGUAAACGACGGAAUUCAAGUUUUGAAGGAUGGGUAAAGACUUCCGUUAUUAUUUCCAGCACCCCUGGUCUCGCCUGAUUGUGGCUUACUUGGUGAUCUUCUUUAACUUCUUAAUAUUUGCGGAGGACCCAGUUUCUCAUAGCCAAACAGAAGCUAAUGUUAUUGUUGUUGGAAACUGUUUUUCAUUUGUAACAAAUAAAUACCCCAAAGGAGUUAGCUGGAGGCUUCUGAAGGUGCUACUAUGGCUACUCGCCAUUCUCAUAGGACUAAUAGCUGGCAAAUUUCUCUUCCACCAGCGUUUGUUUGGUCAGUUACUCCGGUUAAAAAUGUUUCGAGAGGAUCACGGGUCGUGGAUGACAAUGUUCUUCAGCACGAUUCUCUUUCUCUUCAUAUUUUCUCACAUAUACAACAUGAUUCUUCUCAUGGAUGGGAACAUGGGAGCAUAUAUCAUUACAGACUAUAUGGGCAUCCGAAAUGAGAGUUUCAUGAAGGUAGCUGCUGUGGGGACCUGGAUGGGGGACUUUGUCACAGCUUGGAUGGUCACUGAUAUGAUGCUUCAGGACAAACCCUAUCCUGAUUGGGGGAAAUCCGCAAGAGCUUUCUGGAAGAAAGGAAAUGUUAGGAUCAUUUUAUUCUGGACGGUUCUGUUCACUCUGACUUCUGUGGUUGUACUCGUCAUUACAACUGACUGGAUCAGCUGGGACAAGUUGAAUCGGGGAUUUUUGCCUAGUGAUGAAGUUUCCAGAGCUUUCCUGGCUUCUUUCAUCUUGGUCUUUGACCUCCUGAUUGUCAUGCAGGACUGGGAGUUCCCACAUUUCAUGGGAGACGUUGAUGUAAAUCUCCCUGGCUUGCAUACGCCUCACAUGCAGUUCCAGAUUCCUUUCUUCCAGAAGAUCUUUAAGGAAGAAUAUCGCAUUCACAUAACAGGUAAAUGGUUUAACUAUGGGAUUAUCUUUCUCGUCUUGAUUUUGGAUCUUAAUAUGUGGAAGAACCAGAUAUUUUAUAAGCCUCAUGAAUAUGGACAGUAUAUUGGCCCAGGGCAGAAGAUAUAUACAGUUAAAGACUCAGAAAGUUUAAAGGAUUUGAACAGAACCAAGCUAUCCUGGGAAUGGAGGUCCAAUCAUACUAAUCCUCAAACGAAUAAGACGUAUGUUGAAGGAGACAUGUUCCUCCACAGCAGGUUCACAGGGGCUAGCCUUGAUGUCAAGUGUAUGGCUUUUGUUCCAAGUUUGAUAGCUUUUGUGUGGUUUGGAUUCUUCAUUUGGUUCUUUGGACGCUUUUUGAAAAAUGAGCCAGGCAUGGAGAAUCAAGAUAAAACUUACACUCGCAUGAAACGAAAAUCCCCAUCAGAACAUAGCAAAGACAUGGGAAUCACUCGAGAAAACACCCAGGCCUCAGUGGAAGACCCUUUGAAUGACCCUUCUUUGGUCUGCAUCAGGUCCGACCUCAAUGAGAUUGUCUUCAAGUCUUCCCACCUAACGUCUGAAAACUUGAGCUCGCAUUUGAAUGAGCCUGCCAGCGCGGCAGAAGCUGACCCUGAUCCAACGACUUCUAAAAGUACACCCACGAACUAGAUUCACUUACUUGGAUACAGCAAAAAAAAAAAAAAAAGCAACCCUGAGUGUACCUUUCAAUAAUUUAGUCUUUCUUUUUGUAAA